AUGUAACUAAGAUUGACAAUAAUCGUCACAAUUUAAAGAAAAAAGGAUUACCGGCAAAAAAACUGGGGGACUUUCAGGUACACGCACCCCGCUGCGCGCGGGUCUCAGUGUCACUGCCUGGUGAUUACUGCGCAGGCGCGUUCCCGCACUGGGCGCGAUGGCGCUGCUGGAAACUUCUCGUUCGUGCGGCCUCAGCCUGUCAGCCGCCUGGAGUAGACUGAGCGCCGGCCUCGUCCCCCUCUCUGCACUCGGCCUGGAAGCGUCUGGAUUGGGAAGUGGGAGUGACUUCGUUGAGGAUGAUCUGCAUGUUGCAUUAGAAACUUUACGGCAGCAUGGUUUGCAAUCCGUGGCAAUGGAAUGGUUUAUGGAGGUGUUGCAGGUAGACCUUCAGAAGAACAUUGCAGCAGAGUUCUGGGACUUUCUCACACAAAGAGAGAACAUGGUGACAGAGCAACAGCGCUCAAAGCUCCUAUAUGAUGCCUUCUAUAUGCUGGAUCAAAGACUAGCACCCUACUUGUGCAGUCUGAAAUAUUUAGAGACUUGGAUUGAGGCGGGUCUGAUUAUCAGUGUAGGACCUGGAACACUAAGGGAUAAGGUCUACACGAUGGUUAAAGCUGUGUUGUUCUUCUCAACUGUACAACCCUUUCAGGAGAUUAUACAUGAGUUUUACACUCGUGCUUUCAGUAUCUAUGUGCACCAAGACAAGACCCUACGGAAUGGAGAUAGCAUGAAUGAAGAGGAAGAUGAGAAUGCAGUCGAUGAUAUAGAACUGCUAAACUGUGCUGGCUGUAAUGCUGCGAAAGAGCAAUGCUGGUGUACCACUGCUGUGGAGCAGUUUGCAAAAGUCAAUCACGUAUUGCACUCACUGAACCUUUUAGAACGAAUCAGUGCAAGCGCCAUCACAACCAUCCUGCAUAAAAUGAUAGAAGAACACGUGGGCAGAUUGUGCCGUGGAGAAUAUGAGAACUCCUUUCUCACCCAGCUAGAGGAGUGGCUGGAAUCAAAAGUAAUUUGUUGGCUGAGCAUGGUGUUUCUGCAGAAAACCAGCACUAAAUUAUCAUCCCCUCAGACAAGCAGCACACUACAACGCUGGAGAAUACACCUGCAGUUUUUUCUUUACCAGGUGUAUGCAAAUAUGAGGAUUGAGGAACUUUUCAGCAUUAUUCGUGAUUUCCCAGAAUCCAAGGCAGCAUUGCAGGAUCUGAAAGUUUGUCUUGAAAGGACCAAUCAGAGGCAACAAUUACUUUCAUCUCUAAAAGCAGCCCUGGAAACUAGACUUCUCCACCCAGGAGUGAACACUGCUGAUGUGAUAACUUUGUACAUAUCUGCAAUCAAGGCCCUUCGUGAAUUGGACCCAUCGAUGGUUAUUUUGGAGGUGGUGUGUGAACCAGUCCGCAAGUAUCUAAGGACAAGGGAUGAUACUGUGAGACAGAUCGUAGCAGGUUUGACUGAUGAUUCAGAAGGAUCCAGUGAUCUGGCAAAUGAACUGUCCAAAGCAGAUCCAAUCACUCUAGAGCAUGGACACGAUAGCGAUGAUGAUAUGUCUGAUCCAGAUGAUUGGGUUCCUGACCCUGUUGAUGCAGAUCCAGGUAAGUUUGGCUCUAAACGAAGAUCUUCUGACAUCAUCACCUUGCUGGUCAGCAUUUACGGCAGCAAAGAAUUGUUUAUCAAUGAAUAUCGUACACUUCUGGCAGACCGAAUACUCCAUCAUUUCAGCUACGUUACCUGCAGGGAAAUUCGAAAUCUGGAGUUGCUCAAGCUGCGUUUUGGAGAAGCUCAGAUGCACUUCUGUGAGGUCAUGUUAAAGGAUGUGGCUGAUUCUCGAAGGAUAAAUAGCCACAUUCACGAGGAGGACCAAGAGACUCCUUUACACCUGAAUGCAAUGAUUCUGUCUGGUGAGUUCUGGCCACCUUUGAAAGAGGAAAAACUGGAGCUCCCUACUGAAGUGAAAGAAGCAAUGGAUGCUUAUACCAAGAAGUAUGAGAAAUUAAAGGCCAUGAGAUCACUGAACUGGAAGCCUCAUCUGGGAAAUGUUGACCUGGAGAUCGAGCUGGCAGAUCGAACAUUAUCUGUAUCUGUCUCACCUGUCCAUGCUGCAAUCAUUAUGCACUUCCAACAGAAGAGUACCUGCACUCUGGACGAGCUCAGUGAUGCACUUAAAGUUCCUGUCGUUGCCCUGCGAAGGAAAAUUGCACUUUGGCAGCAGCAGGGAGUCCUAAAAGAGGAUCCCACAGAUACAUUUACAGUGAUUGAGGAGGAACAGAAGGAUCAGCAGGAGAAAAUGGUUUUAAUUGAUAGUGAUGAAGAGGGAGACUCUGCUAUGGCUUCCCAGGCUGAUCAGAAAGAAGAGGAAUUGCAGCUGUUUUGGACGUAUAUCCAGGGUAUGCUGACCAACCUAGAGAGCUUACCACUGGAACGUAUUCACACCAUGCUCAAGAUGUUUGUGAUGACAGGGCCAGUAAUGGCUGAGAUUGACAUGCAGGAACUUCAGACAUUCUUGCAGAAGAAAGUGAAGGACCAUCAACUAGUAUAUUCCGGCGGAGUGUACCGGCUUCCCAAAUCUAACUGCUGAAUCAGGAUCCUUGAUCAGAAAGAUUGGUGGAACAGAUCCAUGAUUGAACUUGUUGCUUGCUUCCUGCUGUGACUUAUGAUCCAGAGCCAUAAUUUGGAAGGAAUAUUGAUGCAGCAGCACUGUCCGCUCAGCAGUAACUACAAGAAAUUUGCUUGUCUUCAUAACUAAGAUUCACCAGGAUUCUUCUACACCGAGAUCUGUGGCAGAAGUCUGCCUAUAGAUGUCUUUGGUAGGGAGUGAGAUAACAACUUAUGGUGGAGAAAUGAAACACUUGUAAGUGUACCUGAACUCUGUGGUACAAACUUCUGCAGGCACACAGGAGUAGAUUUUCCACAGUAAGUAAAUCCUAUCACUGAUCUGAAAGUCUGACACCUCUCAGACAAUCUUUACUUUUAUCCCUACGAUCAGUGACUGAGCAAUAUUGAUAGAUGAUGUUCAUUUGAGGCUUGCUUUGCAAAUUCUUUUAAUGCUAUAUCUGUGUUAGUAUCUUUAGAAUUAUACUUCUGUUUAGGGAUGGCUGUCUUGUUAUUUCCUAAAAGCCUGCAGUAUAAGAUCUAAUGGAUUUUGGCCUUUCCUCACUUAGUAAUUAUCCUGUGAGAAGGACAUUUUUUCUGCUUUUCCUGUUAAAACGUUUUAGAAUUUAACACCUCUGCCUAAUACCUGACUUGUACUCUUCAGGCAAUCUCUCCUGGGAUCUUGAGGGUUUUUAAAUUGAGGAAGGGAAUAAUUGUACUACCAGUUGUGGAGACUACUUAUUGUCUUUAAAGAAUGGACUGAGACUCCUGAAGCAUGGUUGUUAAUCUGUGUUUUGAUUGUGCACAAAGCUUUUGUAGCCUUGUAACUAAUUCAGGUUAAUAACAGGAAGUUACAAAUACUCAACAAGUGGGAACAGUUGCAGAUAGUUGUCAAUACUGGCAGAGACAGGCACUGAACUGUGACUCAGCAAACACACCCCGCCUUGAGCCGUUUGUAAACAAAGGGCAGGAGGAACUGAAAUUCUCAUCAGUUUAUUUAGCAAAGUUAUCAAUGUGAUUGUAAUUGAUUUUUUUUCUCUCUGUUUCACUUUACACAAAUUGCUUAUUGAAAAGAUCCAUGGAUGCUGCAUGUUUCAGUGUUAUCAACAGAAUGUACUAUGAAUUUUACAGUAUGUUGUGAACAUUGAAUUGUGUUCUGAUUAGGACAACAGUAACCAAAAAUGUGAUAUCUUUUUAUCCCUUACUGGCUGAGGAAUUAUGAUUUCUCAUAAUCCUGAUUAAAAUGUGCAUUAUUUGUUUUUAAA